GUGUCCACUGCCUUGAAUCCUGGCCUCCACCUUGGUCAUGACCUGGGCCAGGGUCUGAGGCCAAAUGCCUAGCAGGUCCUGGUGCUGAGUCUCUAUACUGUCUGACCAACCUGCCUCACCUUGUCUGGCUCUGUGGGAUGGCACCAGGGCUAUCAGAGACCUUGGUGCUGUGGGCUGAAAUGGGUGGCUUCUUAGGGUACUGAUAGGCCCCAGACAACAGGGGCCAUGGGCUGGAUUCUGUGGGCCUGGGUCUCCAGAAUUCCAGUGGUGCUCAUCACGUACACCCUGGGAUCCCAGGCAUAGCCAAGAUGACUGAAAAGGCAGGAAGAUUGGAAGAGUAGUUGGAGGUGGAGAAGACAGAAGGGACCCUGGUGGGCAUGGUAGCCAGGUGGGCCUUAAUGAGCAAAAUCUUAUUUAAAAACAUACGAUAAUGUAUAAUAUAGAGCAGCAACAGUAAAAUGAUGUUUAGAAUGAUUUCAUUUGAGUAUAAGAUGCAAGGGUCAUCUCCUUAUUUUCUUGGCUGCCUAUAGUGGGUGAGGUUUAAACUCUGUUCAUCCCAAAUGUCAACCUUCUCACUGGUUGAAUUGGCACAGAUCUAACUAUUACUAUUCCCAGAACACUGUACAAAUUAGGCAGGAUUCUGUGUUAGACCUGUGCUUGACCAACACAGCUCUCCCUUACCACACACAGCAAUAACUUCAUAUAUUGUCUCGUUGGAGAAAAUGAAGUCUCUUCAAUGAUCUUGAAUUAUUGUCAUGGUGUUAUCUAUCAUGACAAUAGGAACUCCUUGACAACAGAUUUCCCAUUUCCACAAUAGCUUUUACUACAUUUACUAUUUAUACUUAUUAUGCUAGUAACAAUUAAAUGACUUUUUGUGGGGUGUUUUUUGUUCUACUUAUUCAUCGUUAAUACUAUCAUAAAUACUGACAGAAGAGGAAAUACUGAUAACUACGAAGUUGGUACUUCCCUUUUGCAUGGAAACUUGUCUUUAUGAAGGCUUUAAAAGAUUGUCAGAGUUUUUGGCCAAACACCCUAAGUGUCAUGAUAGAACUCUCAUCCAGUGACUGGAGGAAGCAGAUGCAGAGAUCCACAGCCAUGCCACAGGUGGAGCUCCAGGAGUGCAACAGGCGAGAGAGAAGAGAGAUUGUAUGACCAAGAGAUAUCAAGACCAUGAUGGAAAAAGCACAGUGACAAAUAGCCAAACUAGUGGAAACACAUGAACUGUGAACCAAUAGCUGAGAAGCCCCCAUGGAACUGGACCAGGCCCUCUAAAUAAGUGAGACAGUUGAUGAGCUUGAACUGUUUAGGGGGCCCCCAGGCAGUGGGACCAGGACCUGUCCUUAGUGCAUGGGCUGGCUUUUUGGAACCUGGGGCCUAUGCUGUGACACUUUACUCAGCCUUGGUGCAGCGAGGAGGAGACUGCACCUGCCUCAACUGAAUCUACCAGGCUGGGUUGACUCCCCAGGGGAGAACCUGCCUUGGAGGAGGUGGUAAUAGGGGGUGGAUUGGGUGGGGGGAAGCCGGGGUGUUUGGAGAAGGGAGGACAGGGGAAUCCGUGGCUGAUAUGUAAAAUUAAUUUAAUUAUAAAAUAAAAAUAUUUAUUGAAAAAUAAAAUAAAAUGACCAUACAUGUAUCUCUGAACUGAGAACUUGGCCAGAGGCAAGGGGAAGAAACAGUCAGUUCAGAUUUCAAAAUAAAUUCAACAGAAGGGUGGUACUGGUUGUAAGAACAAUUCAGUGCAAGCAUUCAUUCCAAGCCAGUUCCUCUUUAUUCUCCUGUUCUACUUUCUAUAAGUGCAUUUUACUUUCAGGUCACUUUUGAAGAAAGAGAAAGCAAUACAUUUUCAUGGAGAAAUGGAUUCAGAGCUCACGUGAUUUCAUUUUGUUAGGAUUAUUACCACAAAAUCACACAUGCCUACUGCUUUUACUGCUCAUCAUCUCCAUAUUCUCUGUGGCCUUGCUUGGCAACUCAGCAAUGAUCCACCUCAUUCGUGUGGAUCCCAAACUCCACACCCCCAUGUACUUUCUGCUCAGUCAGCUCUCUCUCAUGGACCUGAUGCAUAUCUCUACCACUGUUCCCGAGCUGGCAUUCAACUUCCUCUCUGGCCAGAAAAGCAUUACCUUACGGGGCUGUAGAGUGCAAUCCUUUUUCUUUCUGAACAUAGAAGGUUCUGAGGGCUUGUUCCUGGCCUCCAUUGCCUAUGACCAUUUCGUGGCCAUCUGCCACCCUCUUCAUUAUCCUAUUCGCAUUAGCAAAAUGAUGUGUCUGGAGACGAUCAUAGGAUCUUGGACACUGGGCUCCAUUAACUCCUUAUCACACACAGUCUAUCUCCUUCACAUUCCUUACUGCCAUUCUAGGUCCAUUAACCAUUUCUUCUGGGAUGUCCCUGCCAUGUUGCCCCUGGCCUGUAUGGACACUUGUGUUUUUGAGUACAUGGUAUUUGUGAGUACAAGCCUGUUUCUUCUCCUUCCUUUCCUUGGCAUCACAGUUUCCUGUGGAUGGGUCUUUUUUGCUGUCUUCCACAUGUGCUCAAAAGAAAGAAAGAAAAAGGCCUUCACUACAUGUUCAACUCACUUAACUGUGGUGACAUUUUACUAUGCACCUUUUGUCUACACUUACCUUCGUCCCAGGAGUCUCCGUUCCCCCACAGAAGAUAAGAUUCUGGCUGUCUUCUACACUAUCCUCACCCCUAUGCUCAACCCCAUCAUCUACAGCCUGAGGAAUAAGGAGGUCCUGGGGGCCAUGACAAGAGUCUCUGGGACAUUCUCUUCCACAAAAACUUUAUCAUUUCCUCUCUACUCAUAUUUCAGUCCCUAGAGAAUGACAGAAUAGUGUUGCCUAUUGGAAAUGUAAUGUGUCCCCCACACAUGUCAUACCUUUCUGGUGACUUAUUACUGGUUAAUAUUAAAUAGUAUGUUCAUUAUUACAUAGUAUAGCAAUUAUUCACAUGUUUAAAUCACAACAUUAUAGUCAGUUA